CCUUCUGAUUAUCUAGUUGGAGGAGAACAAAUCAAAGAGUCAACGAGGCAGGUGAGAGCCGGACCGCCUACACACCCGAGUUUGUGCAUUAGAUACAUGCACAAAAGUGAAAAGAAUCUGCGUCUAAAAUCAGUGAGUAGACAAUAGCCUCUUCAGCACACCCUGUUCUUUCCUUGGUGUAAGUGAGCCUGGACCAGGCUGUGGAUUCUAACAGCCUAGGAACCAGGGUCCCCCAACAUGGAAGCUCUGGCCUGUCCCUGACUUCACAGCCCUAGUAGUUGUGGUAUGAAUGAAGAUCUGGUGGCCCCUGUGAGACAAGCGUUAAGAGUCACAGCCCGCUGGGUUUGGGAAAGGGAAAGAACGCAGGAGAGGUAGGAUUUUUUUUUUUUUUUCCUGGUUAAGAUUCAUGGGGAAAGAUUGCUCUCUCUGCGUCCUUCCGUUCGACCAAGGUGUCUGUUGCUCCAUAAAUAAAGCGUCCUACUGCUUUGGUGAGCACUAUAAAGGCAGCAGGAAGACUGUUCCCAGGGCAUUCCGGGCAGGCAGAGAGCACCGGAGCCCAAACAGGUGAGUUCAUCGCAGAAGAUGCAGUAGGCUGCACCCCGCCCUGUUGUAACUCUCUAGGGAUGGGACUGGUCAGGCGCCUGCGGGCAAGGCAGGAGAGGCAUCAGAAAAGGCGAGACAAAAGGAAACUAGGGAUAGGACCAGGAAAGUCGCUGUACCUUUCCUCAAGCGGGACCGCACUGCUGCAGCCCCGAGUGUGCGUGGAGCUGCCUCUCCUACCGAGUGCAGGGAGUACGGGACCCUUUCCCUGUCUCACAGGCCCGGGUCCGGUCCAGGGGAGAUUUCAGAACACGGACAGCGCCCUGACUGCCCAGGGAGGGCACCCAGUCCAACACCCCAAGUCCCGAAAAUGAGGCUCACUCCCUGGACAUUCUCGGGUAUCUAGUUUGGGAGACACUGGAGUCCUCAGUUGCUGUCCUUCAGGUGGCCGUAGGGGCGGUUUGUCGCCAGCGCCAAGAACCGCAGGAUCAGACCAGCUCUCUAGCGCGGCUACAACAGGUGUCACCCGCGGCUGCUCCCAGGUGCCAGCUGCGGACUGCUUGCCCGGUGCUUCCGAGUGUCUUUUCUCAUCGCCUCCCUCCUGACCCGUGGUCGCAGGCCAUGGCAGCGCCGAGCAGCAGGUCGGAGCCGCAGCAGCUCGCCGAGUACAGCUGCAGCUACGUGGUGUCGCGGCCAGUGUACAGCGAGCUCGCCUUCCAGCAUCAGCGCGAGCGGCGCCUGCAGGAGCGCAGGACGCUGCGGGACAGCCUGGUGCGGAGCUGCAGUUGCUCAAGAAAGAGAGCCUUUGGUAUACUGAAGACUCUCCUGCCCAUAUUGGACUGGCUCCCCAAAUACAGAGUCAAGGAAUGGUUGCUGAGUGACAUCAUCUCUGGAGUUAGCACUGGGCUAGUGGGUACCCUACAAGGGAUGGCUUAUGCCCUGCUAGCUGCAGUUCCUGUUGAAUACGGUCUCUACUCUGCCUUUUUUCCUAUCCUGACGUAUUUUGUCUUUGGGACAUCAAGACACAUCUCAGUUGGACCUUUCCCCGUGGUCAGUUUAAUGGUGGGAUCUGUUGUUCUGAGCAUGGCUCCAGAUGACCACUUUCUUGUGCCCAGUGGUAAUGGAAGUGCAUCAAACAUGACCACGUUAGAUACCGGAACCAGAGAUGCGGCCAGAGUACUAAUUGCAAGCACCCUCACUCUUCUAGUAGGAAUAAUACAGCUGAUAUUUGGAGGUCUGCAGAUUGGAUUCAUAGUGAGGUACUUGGCAGACCCUUUGGUUGGUGGAUUCACAACAGCUGCUGCCUUCCAAGUGCUGGUCUCACAGCUAAAGAUCGUGCUCAAUGUUUCAACCAAAAACUACAAUGGCAUCCUUUCCAUUAUCUAUACACUAAUUGAGAUUUUUCAAAAUAUCAGUGAUACCAACAUUGCAGAUUUCAUUGCUGGGUUACUCACCAUCAUCAUCUGUAUGGCUGUUAAGGAAUUAAAUGAUCGAUUUAAGCACAAAAUCCCAGUCCCUAUUCCUAUAGAAGUGAUCGUGACAAUAAUUGCCACUGCCAUUUCCUACGGGGCCAACUUGGAAAAAAAUUACAAUGCUGGCAUUGUUAAGUCCAUCCCAAGUGGGUUCUUGCCUCCUGCACUUCCGUCUGUGGGCCUGUUUUCUGAUAUGCUGGCUGCAUCCUUUUCCAUUGCUGUGGUGGCUUAUGCUAUUGCCGUGUCUGUAGGAAAAGUCUAUGCCACCAAGCAUGAUUAUAAAAUCGAUGGAAACCAGGAAUUCAUCGCCUUUGGGGUAAGCAACGUCUUCUCUGGAUUCUUCUCCUGUUUUGUGGCUACCACUGCUCUGUCUCGAACGGCUGUCCAGGAGAGCACUGGGGGAAAGACACAGGUUGCUGGCAUCAUCUCAGCUGGGAUUGUAAUGAUUGCCAUUGUUGCCCUAGGGAAGCUUCUGGAACCCUUGCAGAAGUCAGUGCUGGCAGCUGUCGUCAUCGCCAAUCUGAAAGGGAUGUUCAUGCAGGUGUGCGAUGUUCCUUGUCUGUGGAAGCAGAAUAAGACUGAUGCCGUUAUCUGGGUGUUUACAUGCAUAAUGUCCAUCAUUCUGGGGCUGGACCUGGGUUUGCUAGCUGGCCUUUUAUUUGGACUACUGACUGUGGUCCUGAGAGUUCAGUUCCCAUCAUGGACCGGCCUUGGAAGUGUCCCCAGCACAGACAUCUAUAAAAGUAUCAUACAUUAUAAAAAUCUUGAAGAGCCUGAAGGAGUGAAGAUUCUGAGAUUUUCUAGUCCUAUUUUUUAUGGCAAUGUUGAUGGUUUUAAAAAAUGUGUCAAGUCCACAGUUGGAUUUGAUGCCAUUAGAGUUUAUAACAAAAGGCUGAAAGCACUGCGGAGAAUACAGAAACUCAUCAAAAAAGGACAACUAAGGGCAACAAAGAACGGGAUCAUAAGUGAUGUUGGUUCAUCAAAUAAUGCUUUUGAACCUGAUGAAGAUAUUGAAGAGCCAGAGGAAAUUGAUAUUCCAACCAAAGAAAUUGAGAUUCAAGUGGACUGGAACUCUGAACUCCCGGUUAAAGUGAAUGUCCCCAAAGUGCCAAUCCACAGCCUGGUGCUGGACUGUGGAGCUGUGUCCUUCCUGGAUGUGGUAGGAGUGAGGUCAUUGCGAAUGAUUGUCAAAGAAUUUCAGAGAAUUGAUGUGAAUGUGUACUUUGCUUUGCUUCAAGAUGAUGUGCUAGAGAAGAUGGAGCAGUGUGGGUUCUUUGAUGACAACAUUAGAAAGGACAGAUUCUUUCUGACGGUUCAUGAUGCUAUACUCUAUCUGAAGAACCAGGUUAAAUCCAGGGAGGGCCAGGAUUCUCUUCUAGAGACGAUCACCCUCAUUCAAGACUGUAAAGAUCCUCUUGAACUGAUGGAAGCAGAGAAGAACGAGGAAGAACUUGAUGUUCAGGAUGAGGCCAUGCGUAGACUUGCUUCCUGAGAGUGGGUUCAGGGGUCACUGUCAGCAAGGACUCCUAGACAGACUUGGCCAUCAGGUCAUUCUCUGCAAGUGUUCUCUGCACUGAUUAUUUCUUCGUACUUAAACAGCCAUCCUUUUACUGCUAUGUUAGAAAUAUUUACAUUUUUAGCUGGGCCGUGGUGGCACACGCCUUUAAUCCCAGCACUUGGGAGGCAGAAGCAGGUGGAUCUCAGUGAGUUCAAGGCCAGCCUGGUCUACAAAGUGAGUUCCAGGACAGCCAGGACUGUUACACAAAGAAAACCUGUCUCGAAAAACAAAACAACAAAAAAAAACAAAAAAAAAAAAAAAGAAAGAAAAUUUACAUUUUUAAACUUCUUAGGUAUUACACAAGAAACACUUGCCAUUUCUAUGUCUUAAUGUAGAAAAUAAGCAGCUUAGCUCUAAAAUAUCCAAAACCAUGAGAAUUAUCCCUGAAAAUCAGCAAUGUCCGGUGACUGUGCUCAAUGCUACUAACACCAAAACAGGUUUGCUGUCUGUGCCCACAGGGUAGGCUCUAUCCUUGUUAAGUUGCAGUAAGUGUUGACGCAACACAGACUUUAUGGGCUAGUGAGUCAGGAAGGACUAAUCAAAAAGAAAGAUGAUUCCCUGAUUGACCCUGAAAUCUAUGUGUUGUGUUGAUCGCAGUGAGAAAGGUAAAACAGAAUUACUAAUGCACUCAUUACUGAGCUUAAAAAAAUAAAAUCAAUCUCUGAAACAUAA